AAUAUAUAAGCCCUCAGGGACUUCAGAGCAGAGGAAAACUAAAUACAAAGCGUAUGCACAGUAAGUGGCGACACUGAGUCCUCAGCCGACAGAUAGGCAUCAUUCAAAAGAAGGAAAAGAAUGGACACAAGGCAGCCUUCUAAUUAUAGCCACAAAGCCUGAAAGUGACAAAAAAAGCAGGUACCCAAGGCCGGGCUAUACAGAAGCUUCAAUCUGGGAGAGAAUCUCCAUAACCUGUAAGGUACUGAUCUGACAUUCAACACACAAGUACAAAUAGGCUUUCUGCUGAGAGAAAGUGUCAUCAUGAAAGAGGGGGAGGACCGAGCAGCCCUGUGCUGAUCAGCUAAACAAGUCACGUCUUUUUUUCCCUUUUGAGGGCAAAGAUGGGAGAAAGGAGCACCAUGAUCAGCCAAACCUGGGAACUAAUGGCAGUUUGAGUGAAGAUGGCGUAUAUACAGCUGGAACCUAUUAAUGAGGGUUUUCUCUCCAAAAUCUCUGAUCUGCUGCUGUGCCGAUGGACGUGCAGAAAUUGCUGUCAAAAGUGCUACGAAUGCAGUUGCUGCCAGUCAAGUGAAGAUGAAGUGGAAAUACUGGGGCCUUUUCCUGCACAGACGCCACCAUGGCUGGUAAGCAAUCGUAGUGAAGACAAGGAAGGUGAUUCAGAUAAUAUGACAAGUGAGCCUCCAGCAACCCCACAGGACACUUCGCCAGAUAGGAGAAGGUCAUCAUCUGAUACAUCAAGAUCUACACACAGUCUUACCAGGCGCAUUUCAAGUUUAGAGUCAAGAAGGCCAAGCUCUCCAUUAAUUGAUAUCAAACCCAUAGAAUUUGGUGCAUUAGGAGCUAAAAAAGAAAUAGUCCAACCCACAGUACUGCGAAAAUCAUAUACACCAGAGGACUAUUUUCGAAAAUUUGAACCCCGCCUAUACUCUCUUGAUUCUAGUAAUGAUGAUGUAGACUCGCUGACUGAUGAUGAAAUUCUAACAAAGUACCAGUUAGGAAUGCUGCAUUUUAGUACUCAGUAUGAUCUGCUGCACAACUAUCUAAAUGUCAGGGUGAUAGAAGCCAGAGACUUGCCACCGCCAAUAUCUUAUGAUGGUUCAAGACAGGACAUGGCUCACUCAAAUCCGUAUGUAAAGAUCUGUCUAUUACCAGACCAGAAAAAUUCAAAGCAAACAGGCGUCAAACGUAAAACCCAAAACCCAGUAUUUGAGGAGAGGUACACUUUUGAUAUCCCAUUUUUAGAAGCCCAAAGAAGAACUCUGCUGUUAACUGUAGUGGAUUUUGACAAAUUUUCAAGACAUUGUGUUACUGGAAAAGUUGCAAUGCCACUGAGUGAAGUUGACCUUGUGAAAGGAGGACACUGGUGGAAAGCCAUCAUUCCAAGCUCUCAGAAUGAAGUCGAGCUGGGAGAGCUGCUUCUGUCUCUUAAUUAUCUCCCGAGUGCAGGACGAUUGAAUGUGGAUAUUAUCAGAGCGAAACAACUCCUUCAGACUGAUAUGAGCCAGGGAUCUGAUCCUUUUGUAAAGAUCCAGUUGGUUCAUGGAUUAAAGCUUGCAAAAACAAAGAAGACUUCAUGCAUGAGGGGAACCAUAGAUCCAUUUUACAAUGAGUCCUUCAGCUUCAAAGUUCCACAAGAGGAACUGGAGAACGUCAGCUUGGUAUUCACUGUUUAUGGUCACAACAUGAAGACCAGCAAUGACUUCAUUGGCAGGAUUGUUAUUGGUCAAUAUACCUCGGGUUCCCCUGAAUCCAACCACUGGAGGAGAAUGCUGAAUUCCCAUCGGAUGGCCGUAGAGCAGUGGCACAGCCUGAGAUCCCGGGCUGAAUGCGACAGAGUGUCUCCAGCAUCUCUGGAGGUGACGUGAGUGUGACUU